AUGUCCUCUACACAUCCCCCAGUUCCUGCUGCAAGAAGAACAGGUGGGGACCGAACAAGCUCGGGUACGCCUUCGACAGGUUUACUAAUAAAUGUGAUACGUACUUUAACAUCGAGUGUAUCGGAAGACCAACGAGAGUUAGAAAAAGCAAAGUUAGAGAAAGGAUUUAAGGAAUCUGAGAAGUUGAUUGAUCGUCUAGUUAAAGAACGACAUAACGAUGUUGAACAUUGCUUAGUUUCCUUCCGGGAAGUUUCAACCGGGAUCACAACAUGUCGUGAAAAAGUGAACAACGUCCGGAAUGCGUUGCAAACCUGUCAUAGUUUAUUGGAGUGUCGAAGAGACGAUUUGAAAAAGCUUUGGCUUGAAAACUCACAACAGAAAUAUGUCUGCGAAAUUUUAAACCAGUUGGAAGAGUUAAAAGAAGCUCCCUCGAAAGUAGACUUGGCCAUGGCUUCAGGACAGUAUCAGGAAGCUGCUCGUUUGAUAAGUGUCUCAGGAGAGUUGUUAAAUGGAAAACUUUCUGUCAUUGAAGGGUUAAGUCAGCUAAGAAAGUCAAUUCUGGAAUCUGCUCAGGCAUUAGCGAAAAACAUAAUUCGUGAGAUUUCUGUUAUGAUCGUAGUGGAUCCGUUCGAGAAAUAUAUGUUUGACAUUGUUCUGUCGUUGUCACCCCAAAGAGUUCAAGAAUCUGAGCAAUGUCAAAAGCUUUAUGAAAAGGCAAUAUCCAAAACCGAAAAGCAAUCUUUGUCAUCUCGUUUGGCUUUUUCUGUGGCUGCUUUGAGCGAACUGGAGGGAGAUUCCAAUGUUCUUGAGCAAGUUCUUCAUCUCUCUAGUUUAGAAAUAAGAAAGCAGGUUGCUGCUUCUGUUAACUUAGUUCGUACAAAGUCAGCGAUCGAUAGUGGUGAUCGAAGUUUGGAAGGAGAUCAAACACAUUUGACUCAACUCAUACAGAUGAUUGUGCAACAGAUAAACGAAUGCAAACAAGCGUAUAGCGUCUUAGCUGAAAUCGUCGCAACUUCAAACAAUCAAAAUGAAGGGAAAAAAGAUCCUAGUCAAUCUAAUAAAUUAUCAAAUGUUCCCGACAAUGCUAGUCAUGUAAUGAGUUCUUUUUGGGAGUCAGCACAGUCUGCAGUAGAGUCCCUCGUCUCUGAUCACUUGGAUAUUACUCCUUUGGUCAGCAAGAAUCCAUUAGAAUCCAAAAAACGACUUUUUCGGUUUGAUGCUACCGCUUAUGCAGGAACAUCAACGGUUAAUAGUUCCACAGCACCAAAUGCUCUCGUUGUUUGUCAACCAUCAGCUUAUAAUAUAGUACCCAUGUUCCCAUGGCUUCGUGGUUUGAUGGAAUCUAUUGAGAAGUCGACCGGUAAGCAACCAUGUCCGCUCAGGAUUUUCACUCACAAUUUCAUAACCGAUAUGUUUGUUGAACGAGUGAAAGCAAACUUAGCCGAUAAGUUGGAACUGGCAUUGCGAGCUUCCGAGAACCCUACGGGGCGAAAUCAAAACGUGGUUCUCCCAUCAUGCGAAAAAGUUCUGGAUUUGUGUAGAGAAGUACAUUCUCUGAUUGUGCAUAUGGAUCUCUAUGCAGAAAGAUUUGUGGCGAUUUGGCUUCUUCUGCUUUCUGAAUAUAAUGCAAACGUUAAUAAAAUGUAUGAAGGGACCACAUUGUCUUUGGCCGAAAUAGAAGGUAGUGUUUGCCGCCGCAAAAUUAGUGCCGCCUGGGCAGCUGAUGAAGAUAUCUCGAGACUUCUAAUGAGUUUACCUAAUUGGCAAAUGGCAGCUAUAGAUAUGACCGCAGGCACUCCAACAUCUCCGAUGAUUGAGAGUGAACAGGAAAUUCGACAGCGUAAUGAAAGAGAGUCUGAUAUUUUGAUCGGUAACUUAGCCACACAAAAAAAAAUGGAGAAAAUCGAGCUUGUAACUGAUAUGAAUGAUGUGAGAGCUCUCGCUGCUCUACAUGAGAGUUUGCGCUGGUUUGCCGUAGAGGUCCGAAAACUUGUUGCAUCUCUGCCCAAGCAAAUUGAGAAAAAUCUUCGGGGAUGUUUGGUUCAUCUUCGUCAGAAAGAUGGGCAACAAUUAGAAAAUGAGCCCGUAUUAAAAGUUAUGGAAGAAUUCGUUCGUCAACUAGAAUCGAUUUCUGAUACCUGCUUGUUAAUGCUUCACUUAGAGCUCCGAGUUCACUGCUUUUUCCAUUUGUUGCCUAUCGCUCGUCCUCGAAACUCUAGUGUUCAUGAAGAAAUAGAUCAAGAAGUUGUUGAUUUAGGGCGCGAUUUACAAACUUUUCAUCAGUUAUUGUCCGGUAUUCUUUCACAACCAAAACUCAGGUAUAUUUUCGAUGGGCUAGGGCAUCUCUGUGCUGCUAUUUUCAUUCAUACGAGCCAGCACAUGCCUCGCUUAUCUGAAGCUGGAAAAAAAAGAAUCUGUCGAGAUGUUUGGGGGGUUCAGCAGAGGCUUUCUCAAAUAACUGGCAGAAGGGAAGCUGCGCUAGACAGAGCAAGAGCUUUCUUCGAGCUUCUUUCCCAUGAACCAGAGCGUUUGAUAGCUUUGCUGCCCGAUAAACGUUCGCAAUUCAGUCCGAUGGAAAUGAAUCAUCUUAUUUCACUCUCUGUUCGAUCGCAUCCAGUUCUAGCUAAUCAACCAGGAGCUCUUGAACAAAAAUUAAAUCAACUAACAGUGAUAUUGAAACAAUCAACUUGA